AAAAUUUCAAUGUUAUCCCAAGUAAUAAAGGAGGACUCAAACCUUCAACAAACCUUCGUGGUUUUUAUAGACAGAAAAAAUCCAAAGUUGGAGGAUACCAUAAAGCAGAAAUUUACUUUAAGACCAAGGUACCUUCAUUAAAUCUUGAUCAAAGCGGAAUAGCUGGUAUUAUUUGUGAUGACAAUAAAAUUACACUCCGAGGGAAUGAUGUUGAAAAAGUUAAUCAAUGGCCCGACAAAGUCAUGCUAUUAAUAUCACAUAAAUGGAAAUGUUUUGGUAAAUCUACAACACAAUUUGUUAUGGUUAAAGACAAAAUUGUUGAUGCCUCGAAUAAAAAAGUCACUUUUUCUAUAGAAAGGUGUAAUAUACAAGAUUGGUCCCAAGAAUUUCUUCUUGAUGUUUCAUGGGAAAAUGGACAUCCAAAAAAGCUUAAUAGAAGGAUCGACCUCCCAGAAAUUAACUUGGCAAAUACAUUAAAUUUGAACGUUUUAUUUGAUGAAGCGACAGGGAAAACAUCAAACCCAGAUAUUCCAUUUGCAGAUAUCGCGGAUGGCAAACUACUAUGCACAAAUUGUUUUAUGAAUGGUGAAGCUACAAUUGCAUUGAGAGUUGCGGGUGAAUUUGGUAUCACUGGGAUUAAAUUAACCGAUGCUACGAUUACUCUUGAUGGAAAUAUUAAAUUAAACGUGGAUAUUUCCCUUGUCGUUAAAGCUGGUAUUAAAUCCAGUAUAACCCUUGCCAGUCUUCCGAUAAUUAGUUUUGGUGUGCCAGGUUUAUUUAAUAUUGGACCGUCAAUAGAUUUAGUUGCUUCAACUGAAAUUUCUGCUGACGUAAAAGCAAAAGUAAUUUUUGGUGGUGAUAUUAGCUUACCUAAAUUUAAUGCAAAGGUCACAUUUGUUAAUGAGCCAUCCUUUGAACAAUCUGGAUUUAUCCCUGAGAUUAACUUACAUAAACCGAUUCUUGACAUAAUUAAUGAUGCUCUUUUUAAACAGAAAGUUGGGCUUGAGUUAGUUGGACAACUUAACGCUAAUAUUACGCUUGGUAAACAAAGUAAAUGUAGAAAAGGGAAACAACCACGUCUUGAAUCUACUGUUAAUGGCUUUUAUAGAUGGCUUGAUGGGAUGAAAUCAGUUAAAGAAUUAACACUACUGACACUACUGACAGUAAAUAGGAAAGCAAUAAAAUACUUUAAAGACCUCAAGAAAGAUAUUGAAAGCGUAUUCAAAGGUUUUGUACUUCCUCAAAGAAAGGCAUAUGAAAAGAGACCAACGCCUCGAAGGAAACUUUCCCGCGUAAGGCAAAAACUUCUGACAGGCAAUCCUAAAGUGCUUCUGUCUAAACCGUUGCUUUUAGCUUUGAUGACACCAGAAUAUGAUUCUCCUUUUAAAGAUAAAUCUUUUACUAACCACAUCUUAUAUAAAGUAGUUAAUGAAGGACGACCGAAUUGA